AUGAUGCUGUACAGUAGCAGCUCCAAUCAAAGCUCCCAUCUCAUUAUGCAACGCUCAGAGCUCCUGCUGGCCCCUCCUGAUGACUUCAUGAUAUGGAAACUUCUACUGGGCGACCACAGAGCUCGUAUCGGAGAAGGCCUGCUGAAUGCUUAGCGGUUGAAGCAGCAUGGCUCACAGACUGUACUGGGUGGAUGGGGAACUAACCAAGACAAGGGGCUGAGGCAGGCACAUCAGACAGAGAGACAUUUACUCUGAUGUUUUAGGUCUUCUAUUAUGAUUCAAAAUUCAAAAGGCACUCGCACAUCUGAGCUAUCUUUGUUGCAGGUGCAUGGUAACAGUUGAAUAAGAUGAGAAAAAAUAGCUUUUGAGCUCUGACGAAGGCCUUGAGGCCGAUACGUAAAGCUUAAUAAAGAGCAGUGAUAAUAGCAAGAGCAGUGUGCGGGUUUCUUCUUUUUUCUCAUUUUUUCCCAGAUCUUCUAUUAUGGCCAUGGAUAAUCAGAUAUGGGGAUGCUAAUGGCCUAUAAUGCUCACAGGUUUAUUUUUAUUUUUUUCUGGUCAGGUCACCUGGUCAGGAAGCCCUCCUGGCCCUAUGAGUGUUGGUUCAUCCAAGUUCAACAGAGCACCCUCUUGAUUAUCUUGUCACAUAUGACAGUCUUUUUCCAACCAACUAAUAAUAUCCCAAAGAGCACACCAUGUGUUUUUUACUCUUUUAAGGACCCCAUCACUUAGUGGGAUACUGUAUGAACUACACUGAUUCCAAAGCCUGGUCUGCAUGUGUUGGCUGGUCAGAAUGUGGUUGUAUGUUUGAGGUGUGGAUACCACAGAGUUGUCAACAGACCCAGGGCAGCUGCACUAAGUAAAGAAUACAAAGACACCACAGCAGAUCUUAAACAUUCUCUACCCUGCCUUUUAACAAAACCACAAACUCUCAAGAGGCCCAACCAAAAGUUGGAGGGAGAGAGGAUCGCAAAGCACAACUUGUUGAGUCUUGAUAUGAACAAAUGGGAACGAAUGAGGGCAAACAGCUCAUUGUCAGUUACUUAAUAUCUUGUCAACAACUUUGUGAUAAUGUGGAUGUAGAUUGGGACUGUUUUUCCCCCCCUCUAUCUGCUCACCAUAUGUUGGCCUGUGUGUGUGUGAGUUAUUUGCCUUCACAUGUAUGAUGUAAACAGGCUCCUCACAAAGACAAAUGAACUAUGAGAGUGAGUGGAAAAUGCAGUGAUUUUCUCUCAGUUUACCAAAGCUUUUAGCUUUUAUUAACGAUGGUCCAGACCCAGUAGGGCCUGGUAAAUGCAUCUAGUGUUUUAUUAGUGGCAAAUUGUGACAUUAUUGGAUUAAAAUGCUUGCCUGUUAUACAACGGCUGAUUGGUUAAAACCGCAUUCCAGCCGGUGUCUAUUCCACAAGUUGCCACCGGCUAAAUCUAUGACGUUAAAAUGCCUUUUUACUCUGUUCCAUCUGACUGCACAAUCCACUGUCUCAUCAGCCCAGCCAGGCAAUUUAUAAACUUGAUCGCCACUAUAAAAAGCAUCUAGACAUUAUCUCACAUUUCCUUUAGACUGACAUUUUGUUUUCAACUGGGAGAUUUGUAUAAACCUUGCUGUCUGUCUCUCCGACAUUUGCAACAUUGUUUCAAUAUUGAAAUUCGAUCUCCUGCUGUCCCAUAGUAAUGAACGUUUCGGGACGAGACAGGCAGGCAGGCAGCGUUUUUCAGCCAUUCGAAAUCAUGAAUCAUCCGGCAUAAUUUUUAUGGAUAUAUACAAAAAAAUGUAAACCGAAAAAAGGUCAAAUGAAUUGCAGCUAAUUUGCAGUCUUUCCAGCUUCAGUUUGAAGUGAUUGUGUUACUGUAGCUGUGUUGUUGGCUAGCUCCUCUGAACAGUGUCUUGAUGAGUGAGCACAUUUUCUAUGCCAGGCGAAAUCGCGCCUCAUUAGCUCAUUGUUAUGGAUGUAUCCAAAUAAAUUUCACUGGAAAACAACUUAAACAAAUGCAAAUGCAGCUAUUUUGCUGUUAUUAUGGCUGCACUUUUUGCCGUGACUGUAAGUUAGCCGUAGUUGGCUAGCUAGCAAGCAAGGGAUAAGAACGUUGCCAGCCAGUAUGGCAAUGGAACAUUUUGAACGAACGACUGGGUCGAGUCCAUAGAUACAGAACAAAAAGACUGAACGACUGGGUCUCUAGCAACCCUAGAUUUGUGUCGGGACUAUAUCUUGUGGAAGGAUUAAAUAGUAUGAAUAAAUUAAUCAAAAUAACGUUUCUAAUGAAAAUACGUCAAUCAUUAUUUUAAUAUGUUGGUAACCCGUUGUAUAAAAGUGAUAAUGCCCUCGAAGCCGGUGUUUGGAGGAUAUAUUGGCUCGACUUCGUCUUGGGCCUAACAACACCCAUGCCAAUAUAUCCUCCAAACACCGGCUUCGAGGGCAUUAUCACUUAAAUAUCCAAGCCUUUGCCAGAUUUGUGCUCAAUUUUGCACUGUUAACAUUUCUUUAAAAUCAUAGGUCCACAAUGACCCACAGGACUCAAGGAUGCUUUAACCUAAGUACAGUAUAGGCCAAUCAUAACCAAAUAUCCUGUAUAAAUACACAAAGGAAAAAAAACUUAUUCACAUUACUUAUAUGUUGGUAUGUUAUAACAAUGAGUAAAGGACAAAACUUCCUGCACAAUGUACUUAUAGUGAACAUUAGAAUUGAAAAUGAAUUGGCCCUCUUGUAAUGAUCCAGCUCCUGUCCCCUGCCCACAGGAGUCCCAGAUGAAUAUGGAGAGCCUGAGCAAGCCAGAGCUGCUGAUGCUCUUCAGUGUCCUGGAGGGAGAGCUGGAGGCUCGCGACCUGGUCAUCGAGACCCUCAGGGUAAGAGCUAUCCAUCGUCUUUCCCCUUGUGGAAUUUCCAGGCAGGACCCAAAUGCCCCUCAAUGAUGCCACCAUUACCUAUAAUAUGAGAGAUACAACUAUGAUUUAUAAUUAUGUCUGAGGAGUUGUUACCAUGGUUGGGGUCAAUUUUGAAUUUCAGAAUUUAAUUCAAUUUAAACAAUUAAUUUGAAUUGAAUUUGAACUGGCCACACCCCACAGGAAGAAGUAAAAAAAAAAAAGUAAUUCAGACCCAUUCAACUAAGACAUGAAACAUGAAAGUCUCAUUCAUUUGACAAAUAUUUUAUCAAAAGUAUAUGCCACUUAUUAAUGCAAGGAAUACACAUACCAUUUCAAAUAUUAGUUUGAUUACAACUCAGAUUUCAAACAGUAAUUUUCUUUAUCAUGAAAUGUUACAUUGUUCCCUUCAAUACUGCAGUGUUUGAUGUAAUGCAUUCUGGGAAAUGUAUUCUGAUAUUUAAAAACAUUAAGGGAAUUAUGAAUUAUUAUAGACAACCCACAACAUGAUCUUAUAAUAUUUCCAGACCACUGUAAUCUUUUUUUACAAUUUUUUUGGGAAAAGGAGUUUUAAAAUGUUUCAACCUUAUGCUACAUGGUAUUGGUAACCAUACAUGAUGUCAAAAUAAACAUUUCAAUAGAGAUAAAUAAGCCAUUAGAAUUUCAUUGAAUUCAAAUUCAAAUUCUGCUUCCUGUGGUAUGUGGCCAAUUCAAAUUAAUUUUUCAAAUGUUAGAAUUGACCCCAACCCAGUCAAGUCGUUUGUUGGGCACGUCAUUAAUCAAACAAAGUAACUCGGUAACCAUAUUUCUAUCCUGUAUAAAGCUGCCCGUUGAAGUACAUAAUUUAGCAAUGUGAAAUAUAUUAUUUGAAUAAUGAUACAAGUGUGGAUUCAUUAGUUCUUGUCAAAUUGAACCUACCUCGUGUUUGUUUGAAGCGCACGCUGUUUCCCUGUUGACUAGCCCUAUAUAGGAUUCCUUGCAUUCACGCAUGGUGUCCUAGAUGGCUACAAUCCAGAGCCCGGAAAAUAUUUGGCAAAAAUGUUUAGGGGGGUAGUUGUUUCCGAAAAUCCUGUUACUGAAGGCAUAUCUAUAAUCAGUAACUCCUUGUCUGUCCAUCCAGAUUGUACAUAUGUGGAUAUCUGUCUAGAAACCGUCUAAACUAAACUUUCCUCCAAACCGGCACUUACUACGCAUUAUAAAAUCCGGACAGAUGGAUAAGGAGUUACGGAUUAUAGAUAUGCAUUCAGUAACAGUAUUUUCAGAAACAAGUACCCCCCUUAAAAUGUAAGCUGAAUAUUUUCAGGGCUCUGCAUUGUACCCACCUAGGACACCAUGCACGGAUAUGACACAAGCUAAUGGGUGUGUGUUCAUGUAAAACGUUUGUUUAUGAGAUGAUGAUAUGUCUAUGGUGGUAAAUGAUGCAUUCAUUGUAGAAAUGUAUUUUGAGCUAUCAUGUUGUAACAUUCCUAGCGAAGGACGGUUCCUGGAAAGAGUAGGCCUACUUUCUCAGUUUGACCUUUGCCGGGGAGAUAGCAGUAGUUGAAGUAGCAGUUGAAAGUAGUUGAAUGCCUGAACAGUUUUUUUUAUUGCUGAGAAUAUCUUUGAUUGAUCGAAGUAUUUAUGUCAGCUUCAAGAUUAUCUUUUUUUAAACUGGCCAAGUCAUACUGCACCUGUAAAUAUUGUAAAUAAAAUCCUCUCAAUGAGGUGAACCGUCAACAUCCUGUCUGACUCCUAACUCUCCGCUCCACCGCCUUCGGCUCAUGCUUCACAGGAAUCGCAGAUGUAAGAUAGCCAGGUUAGUGGUCCACAAACUGGGACUGUUGUUCGAGAGCAGAGUUAGCCAUUACCUAAUAGCCUCUCUUACCAGGCUUCUAGUAGUACUGUACUGUACACACGGGACAGCUGGAGACGAGACAGACUACCCAUUACCUGACCUCCCAUUUUAAUUUUACAUUUUACAUUUUAUUUCACCUUUAUUUAACCAGGUAAACCAGUUGAAAACAAGUUCUCAUUUACAACUGCGACCUGGCCAAGAUAAAGCAAAGCAGUGCGAUAAAAAACAACAACACAGAGUUACGUAUGGGGUAAACAAAACAUAAAGUCAAAAAUACAACAGAAGAUAUUAUAUACAGUGUGUGCAAAUGUAGCAAGUUAUGGAGGUAAGGCAAUAAAUAGGCCAUAGUGCAAAAUAAUUACAAUUUAGUAUUAACACAGGAAUGAUAGAUGUGCAAGAGAUGAUGUGCAAUGAUUUAACCUGACUUUAAUUGAUGGGAUGUCCUUUAGCCAACCAGGGAAAAAGCUCUACUUUAGUAGCCACAGUAUACAGCCACGUAUUCCAAUUCAUCCUGUCAAUGCACCUGGGAUGUCAGGCUGUCUGGCUGUGGGAAGAUAACCCUCUAUCUGUCUGCAGUCUGAGGAUUGUCUCUGGCUAAUAACCCACAUUUUCCAUUCAUCCUUUAAAGGUAGACUCAGGAAGAUUACAUUCACAUACACAAUGUGGUGUGCAGACAACAAAAAAACGGAACAACAGCAGCAUAAUUAAAAUCUGCCAUAACUGCUGCAGGCUCAUCCUAACGUGUAUUGAUUUAGUUGCAUGUUCGACAAGUCAUGUUGAGUUUUUAUUGAUCACCGUGACUGCUGAUUAGUACCAAGUACAAUUCAAAGUAACCUGAGUAAUACAACAAACUAUAUCUAGGUGAACAAACUGCAGAAAUCAAGGUCCCCUAGAACAUUCAUGUGUUGUGUCUAGACCAUAAUCUACACAUCUCCUGGGCACUGCCCAUCUAAGGCAAGGCAAUUGAAUGCACCGGGCUGGGUGGGUGGAAGAUGACUAUGUGUGCAGUGAGACUUGGAGUGAACAAAUAAACAAAGGCCUUAACUGGAGCCGUGGGGAUGUGUGGCUGACUGUGUGGCUUCACUGACACUAAAUCACCCUGAUCUGUAAACUCAUUCCUUGGUUGCCUAAGCAGUAGUCUCUUGUGGCCAGCAAUGGUUCUGAGAUUACCUCAAAACAGUGUACACUGGAAUAUGGAAUCUCUUCUUGCACUCACAUGAAAGAAAAGUGAACAACAUUACAACAAUGGAUAGUUACUCAAAUUGAGAAAGGCUGAGGACUAGAAUAACAACUUUUCUUCUUUUGGUUUUCAGUAGGUGUAUGUUUUCAUUUCCCGCUACAAAACAAAGAACCGUGUGUUAGGUAGCAUAUGAACUCACCAAUAUUUGGAGCAACAGAUCAUGUGAACAAUUCUUAUAGCUCAAGGCACUCAGUCUCUUGCUAAUUUUGAAUCACCACAGUAUUUUUAUGAGAACUAUUCAGUAUGUGGUUCAACAGAGCAGCCACAAGCUGCCAUUGACGUGGUAUUGUAUGUGUUUCACUGUCAGUCACAUGGUGAUUCCUAUUUCCAAUGAGUCUAAAGGUUUACAUUUGUUAUAUUACCUUUUUUUUUUUACUCAUUUCUUAUAAUGGCAUGGUAUGCUGGGAAAUCAAGUUGGGUUAAUAUGACAGAUAUUUCUGUGUUCUGUUUCUACAAUGUUUUAUGAUAAUGUCUAAAGCUAUUCUCACUGUUUACCAGUAUCCAUCCAUAGCUCAUUUUACCUGCUUCUCCUUAUGCUGUGGCAUGCUGCAGAAAGUUGGAGCCUAGCGAUGCCCAUAUUUGGCACACACUAGUGUGGGAAAAAAAGGAAGUACAAAAUGUUAGAAUUGGGACCGUUUCGUGCCUGCUAGCAAUGCCACAUUAGCGCAGGAAUGAGUGAAUAAGCUUUGGUUGACCUGGCUGUUAAACAUUAGCAACGUCAGGAAUGUGUUUCAUGUCAGUCCUCCUCCUCACACUCCCCCCUUCUCGAAAGCACCACUGGAACACCAAACAGCCUCCCUUUGUGCUGCAGUGUGUGUGUGUGUGUGUGUGUGUGUGUGUGUGUGUGUGUGUGUGUGGACAUGUUUAACUAUUCUUGUGGGGAUCAGAAGAAUAGUAAACAAACAUAAAUUGGACCAACUGGGGACAUUUUGUUAGUCCCCAUGAGGUCAAAUGCUAUUUCUAGGGGGUUUAGGGUUAAGGUUAGAAUUACGUUAAUAAUAAUAUAAUAUGCCAUUUAGCAGACACUUUUAUCCAAAGCGACUUACAGUCAUGUGUGCAUAAAUGUUUACGUAUGGGUUAAGGGUUAGGGUUAGGAGCUAGGGUUAGGUUUAGGGUUAAGGUUAGGGUUAAGGUUAGGGCAAGGGUAAGAGUACGGGUUAGGGUUAGGUUUAGGCUUAGGGGUAAGGGAAAAUAGGAUUUUUAAUGGGACUGAAUUGUGUGUCCCCACAAGGUUAGCUGUACAAGACUGUGUGUGUGUGUGUGUGCGUGUGUGCGUGUGUGCGUGCGUGCGUACGUGUGUGUUUGUGUUCUGCGGGGGACGCACCGUCAUCUUAAUUUCCUUGUGUUUACUCUAUUGGAGGUGACAUGUGUCACAGCAGUCACUGUUGAGUGAGAGGCCUGGAUGGAUGACAACGAUUGUCAGAGGACUUGGCUGUAGCACAAACAGAUCUGGGACCAGGCUAUAACAUAGUGAGAGAGGAGUAAGCUACAGUACAUACAGAUCUGGGACCAGGCUUGGUGCUUGGUGUGGGGACCAUUGCACUGGACAGUUGUGUUAUGAUGUGUGAGGCUGAGGAAUGUUCCCUCUCUCUCCUGGGUCAUACAGGUCAGAUACAGGACCAGGGUAUUGGGUAAUGGCUAAUGACUAGCUGUCAUGCACCAGACUGUGCCCACUGUGUGUUUCAGAGAAAUGUUUCAAGUCUUGCAGGUCCUUAUUUUCCAUCCUUUUUGAUCUGCCCUCUCAUAUCCCAACGGACCAGAUCAAAUAACAGCAUGAACAAGACUUCACAGCCUCUGUAUCCUGAUAUCUUUACCGAUGGAUAGAUAUUACAGUGCCUUGCAAAAGUAUUCUUCCCCCUUGCCGUUUUUCUUAUUUUGUAGCAUUACAACCUGUAAUUUAAAUUGAUUUUUAUUUGGAUUUCAUGUAAUGGACAUACACAAAAUAGUCAAAAUUGGUGAAGUGAAAUGAAAAAAAUAACUUGUUAAAAAAAUUUGUUUUUAAAUAAAUAACGGAAAAGGGGUGUGUGCAUAUGCAUUCACCCCCUCUGCUAUGAAGCCCCUAAAUAAGAUCUGGUGCAACCAAUUACCUUCAGAAAUCACAUAAUUAGUUAAAUAAAGUCCACCUGUGAGCAAUCUAAGUGUCACAUGAUCUGUCACAUGAUCUCAGUAUAUAUACACCUGUUCUGAAAGGCCCCAGAGUCUGCAACACCACUAAGCAAGGGGCACCACCAAGCAAGCAGCACCGUGAAGACCAAGGAGAAGUACAGAUCAGGGUUGGGUUAUAAAAAAAUAUCGGAAACUUUGAACAUCCCACAAAGCACCAUUAAAUCCAUUAUUAAAAAAUGGAAAGAAUAUGGCACCACAACAAACCUGCCAAGAGAGGGCCGCCCACCAAAAACUCACGGACCAGGCAAGGAGGGCAUUAAUCAGAGAGGCAACAAAGAGACCAAAGAUAACACUGAAGGAGCUGCAAAGCUCCAUAGCGGAGAUUGGAGUAUCUGUCCAUAGGACCACUUUAAGCCAUACACUCCACAGAGCUGGGCUUUCCGGAAGAGUGGCCAGAAAAAGCCAUUGCUUAAAGAAAGAAAUAAGCAAACACGUUUGGUGUUCGCCAAAAGGCAUGUGGUCAAAUGAGACUAAAAUUGAGAUUUUUGGCCGUCAAGGAAAUCGCUAUGUCUGGCGCAAACCCAACACCUCUUAUCAUCCCGAGAACACCAUCCCCACAGUGAAGCAUGGUGGUGGCAGCAUCAUGCUGUGGGCAUGUUUUUCAUCGGCAAGGACUGGGAAACUGGUCAGAAUUGAAGGAAUGAUGGAUGGCGCUAAAUACAGCGGGGGGGGGGGGGGGGAUGGGGUUAUGCACACUCAAGUGUUCAGUUUUUUUUUUUGUUAUUUCUUGUUUGUUUCACAAGCAAAAAUAUUUUGCAUCUUCAAAGUGGUAGGCAUGUUGUGUACAUCAAAUGAAGCAAACCCCCCAAAAAUCUAUUUUAAUUCCCGGUUGUAAGGCAACAAAAUAGGAAAAAUGUCAAGGGGGGGUGAAUACUUUCGCAAGCCACUGUACAGUGGGGAAAAAAAGUAUUUAGUCAGCCACCAAUUGUGCAAGUUCUCCCACAUAAAAAGAUGAGAGAGGCCUGUAAUUUUCAUCAUAGGUACACGUCAAAUAUGACAGACAAAUUGAGAAGAAGAAAAAAUCCAGAAAAUCACAUUGUAGGAUUUUUAAUGAAUUUAUAUUGCAAAUUAUGGUGGAAAAUAAGUAUUUGGUCACCUACAAACAAGCAAGAUUUCUGGCUCUCACAGACCUGUAACUUCUUCUUUAAGAGGCUCCUCUGUCCUCCACUCGUUACCUGUAUUAAUGGCACCUGUUUGAACUUGUUAUCAGUAUAAAAGACACCUGUCCACAACCUCAAACAGUCACACUCCAAACUCCACUAUGGCCAAGACCAAAGAGCUGUCAAAGGACACCAGAAACAAAAUUGUAGACCUGCACCAGGCUGGGAAGACUGAAUCUGCAAUAGGUAAGCAGCUUGGUUUGAAGAAAUCAACUGUGGGAGCAAUUAUUAGGAAAUGGAAGACAUACAAGAGCACUGAUAAUCUCCCUCGAUCUGGGGCUCCACGCAAGAUCUCACCCCGUGGGGUCAAAAUGAUCACAAGAACGGUGAGCAAAAAUCCCAGAACCACACGGGGGGACCUAGUGAAUGACCUGCAGAGAGCUGGGACCAAAGUAACAAAGCCUACCAUCAGUAACACACUACGCCGCCAGGGACUCAAAUCCUGCAGUGCCAGACGUGUCCCCCUGCUUAAGCCAGUACAUGUCCAGGCCCGUCUGAAGUUUGCUAGAGUGCAUUUGGAUGAUCCAGAAGAGGAUUGGGAGAAUGUCAUAUUGUCAGAUGAAACCAAAAUAGAAUGUUUUGGUAAAAACUCAACUCGUCGUGUUUGGAGGACAAAGAAUGCUGAGUUGCAUCCAAAGAACACCAUACCUACUGUGAAGCAUGGGGGUGGAAACAUCAUGCUUUGGGGCUGUUUUUCUGCAAAGGGACCAGGACGACUGAUCCGUGUAAAGGAAAGAAUGAAUGGGGCCAUGUAUCGUGAGAUUUUGAUUGAAAACCUCCUUCCAUCAGCAAGGGCAUUGAAGAUGAAACGUGGCUGGGUCUUUCAGCAUGACAAUGAUCCCAAACACACCACCCGGGCAACGAAGGAGUGGCUUCGUAAGAAGCAUUUCAAGGUCCUGGAGUGGCCUAGCCAGUCUCCAGAUCUCAACCCCAUAGAAAAUCUUUGGAGGGAGUUGAAAGUCUGUGUUGCCCAGCGACAGCCCCAAAACAUCACUGCUCUAGAGGAGAUCUGCAUGGAGGAAUGGGCCAAAAUACCAGCAACAGUGUGUGAAAACCUUGGGAAGACUUACAGGAAACGUUUGACCUCUGUCAUUGCCAACAAAGGGUAUAUAACAAAGGAUUGAGAAACUUUUGUUAUUGACCAAAUACUUAUUUUCCACCAUAAUUUGCAAAUAAAUUCAUUAAAAAUCCUACUGUGAUUUUCUGGAUUUUUUUUUCUCAUUUUGUCUGUCAUAGUUGACGUGUACCUAUGAUGAAAAUUACAGGCCUCUGUCAUCUUUUUAAGUGGGAGAACUUGCACAAUUGGUGGCUGACUAAAUACUUUUUUCCCCACUGUAUAUAUGACAUUGGCAUAUGUUUUAUUCCUGCCUAGCAGAGACACACCAUUGGGCGCACACUCUACUAGCUUAGCCGACUGCUCAGCCGAACACAACAUUGGGCGUACAGUGCCUGCCCUCCAGGACACCUACAGUCGUGGUCAAAAGUUUUGAGAAUGAAAAAAAUACUAAUUUUCACAAAGUCUGCUGCCUCAGUUUUGAUGAUGGCAAUUUGCAUAUACUCCAGAAUGUCACAAAAGGACCAGCUGCCAUCAUGUCAGUGAUUCUCUCGUUAACACAGGUGAGAGUGUUGACGAGGACAAGGCUGGAGAUCACUCUGUCAUGCUGAUUGAGUUAGAAAAACAGACUGGAAGCUUUAAAAGGAGGGUGGUGCUUGAAAUCAUUUUUCUUCCUCUGUUAACCAUGGUUACCUGCAAGGAAACAUGUGCCGUCAUCAUUGCUUUGCACAAAAAGGGCUUCACAGGCAAGGAUAUUGCCGCUAGUAAGAUUGCACCUAAAUCAGCCAUUUAUCGGAUCAUCAAGAACUUCAAGGAGAGAGGUUGAAUUGUUGUGAAGAAGGCCCAAGAAAGUCCAGCAAGCGCCAGGACCGUCUCCUAAAGUUGAUUCAGCUGUGGGAUCGGGGCACCACCAGUGCAGAGCUUGCUCAGGAAUGGCAGCAGGCAGGUGUGAGUGCAUCUGCACGCACAGUGAGGUGAAGACUUUUGGAGGAUGGCCUGGUGUCAAGAAGGGCAGCAAAGAAGCCACUUCUCUCCAGGAAAAAUAUCAGGGACAGACUGAUAUUCUGCAAAAGGUACAGGGAUUGAACUGCUGAGGACUGGGGUAAAGUAAUUUUCUCUGAUGAAUCCCCUUUCCGAUUGUUUGGGGCAUCCGGAAAACACCUUGUCCGGAGAAGACAAGGUGAGCGCUACCAUCAGUCCUGUGUCAUGCCAACAGUAAAGCAUCCUAAGACCAUUCAUGUGUGGGGUUGCUUCUCAGCCAAGGGAGUGGGCUCACUCACAUUUUUGCCUAAGAACACAGCCAUGAAUAAAGAAUGGUACCAACACAUCCUCAGAGAGCAACUUCUCCCAACCAUCCAAGAACAGUUUGGUGACGACCAAUGCCUUUUCCAGCAUGAUGGAGCACCUUGCCAUAAGGCAAAAGGGAUAACUAAGUGGCUCGGGGAACAGAACAUCGACAUUUUGGGUCCAUGGCCAGGAAACUCCCCAGACCUUAAUCCCAUUGAGAACUUGUAGUCAAUCCUCAAGAGGCGGGUGGACAAACAAAACCCCACAAAUUCUGACUAACUCCAAGCAUUGAUUAUGCAAGAAUGGGCUGCCAUCAGUCAGGAUGUGGCCCAGAAGUUAAUUGACAGCAUGCCAGGGCGGAUUGCAGAGGUCUUGAAAAAGAAGGGUCAACACUGCAAAUAUUGACUCUUUGCAUAAACUUAAUGUAAUUGUCAAUAAAAGCCUUUGACACUUAUGGAAUGCUUGUAAUUAUACUUCAGUAUACCAUAGUAACAUCUGACAAAAAUAUCUCAUAACACUGAAGCAGCGAACUUUGUGAAGACCAAUACUUGUGUCGUUCUCAAAACUUUUGACCACGACUGUACAACACCAGGUGUCGCAGGAAGGCCAAGAAGAUCAUCAGGGGCCAUCCGUGCCGCGGCCUGUUCUCCCCGCUUCCAUCACAGACGCGGGCAGUGUAGUAUCAUCAUGGCAAAAACUGACAGUUUGGCUAAUAGCUUCUACCCCCAGACCAUCAGGCUGCUGAAUAGCCACCACUAGGCAGCUACCUACUACCUGCUCCCCACCCCCUCAACAGACAUUUACCCUGCCCCACCCCACUGGACAUUUAUCAGUGUUACAGUUGUAAAUAUGUAUUUAUUGUUAUUUUUUAAAAUUGUAAUUAUUUGUAUUGUUUCACUCACUUCCCUUUGACCUGCACUGUUGGAGCACGGCGCUUAAGAAUUUCACUGUACCCUGCAAUUACAUAUGCGACCCUGUGCAUGUGACUAAUAAACUCUAAUUUAAUCAACUAAUCAUAGUCUCGAUUUCAAGAGUUUUUAAAUAGUUGAAUCAGGUGUGUUUCUGCUAGGCAAAAGCUUGCACCCAGAGGCAACAACUGACCCUCAGUGGAUAAGAAUGGCCAUCCCUUAGACCUGUGCCUUGUUUCCGUACAACCACCACAUUGACUCCUUCAGCCAGGUUCACUGCAGCUCAGAGGCAAGUUGCUGAAGUCGCCAUUGUUGCCCAUGCACUGGUAGAGUAAAGGUCUAGUCAGCCCUGGCCCAGACCCCAGCAGGAGCAGCCACCGUACAAAUGCGCUGACUGAAGACAGACAACAUCUGUUGCGUCUUCCUCUUUCUCUAGCACACUUUCCUCUUCUGCCUGCUCCCUCGCUCUCUUCUCCCCCCUCUCUCUCUCUCUCUCUCUCUCUACUUCUUCCUCUUCUGCCUGCUCCCUCGCUCUCUUCUCCCCCCCCUCUCUCUCUCUCUCUACUUCUUCCUCUUCUGCCUGCUCUACCUCUUUCCCUCUCACCCUCUCUUUCUCUCUCUCCUGCUCUCUCCCUAUCUCUAUCUUCCUGGUAGGGAUGGGAAUCCCCACACCCAUAGAAAAUAUGGUUGAUGUUUCUCUUGGCAUGUUACGUUUGCCGCUGUGGCUGACUUCCUGUUUAGCAGGCAGUGGAGGGAAGAUUAUUGCAGCAGGCCUGAAGGAAGGGAAAGAGCAGCAUGCAGAAACUGAAAAGAAACAGAUUAUGGGUUUUGGAAGUCGCUGGGGAGCCAGGUUAGACUUGUGCAUAGUGUAUUGUUUAUUGUACAUGUAGCUGCAUAGUACUAGUGGCUGUCUGAUUAUCAUAUUUGACUUUCUUAUAUACUUACAAAACUAAUAUAUCUCAGGGACAGAGUAUGUUUAUUCAGGUAGAAACUUAAAUUACUGUUACAGUAAGAGCUGAUUGAACAAUAACAAUAACCAUUAUACACAAUAUAACCCGUUUUGACAUACAUACAGUACUCUACCCCAGUGUUUCUCAACCCUCGUCUCCUCUCCUCCCUCAGGCCCAGUGCAGAGACACAUAUGUGGAGAAGCGCUAUGGGAAGUACAACCUGAGUGACCCGUUCCUGGCUCUGCAGAGGGACGGUGAGGCCUUGGGGGGGCAGAGCCCUGGGGUCCACCAGGCUGCAGCCUGCUCUAGCCCCCUGGCUGUGCUCAAGCAGGUGGUCACCCACUGCAGGAGGAUGCAGGAGAAGAUGCUCGCCCAGCUAGCUGCAGCCGAGAGCAGGCACAGGAGGGUAGGGCUGGGUGUUGUGGCUGGGGCUUAAAUGCCAACCCCUCCACUUUUGAUUAGAUUAAAGAUAAACAAAACUAGCUGACAACCGAAGCAUAACUAAUCAGGAGGGGUUGUUUUCCACCAGGGAAAUUGCAUUUAGUUAGCAGAUUAUCCUGACCUGGGAAUGUAUCAUUUCUGUGUCUCUGUCUCCCCCCUGUGGUUGUGUCAGGUCAUUGCAGAUCUGGAGGAGGCGAGUAGAAGGCAUGCAGAGGACACCGCCGAGGGCGAUGAUGUCACUUGCAUCCUAGAAAAGGAGAGGGAACGCCUCUUGCAACAGGUAGAGAUAACAUCAAUAUCUGAGUGAUAACUGCUAUAGGAUUCCAUUUUUAAAAUGUAACCUAUUGUACUCUAUUCUGCCUUUAGCUGGAGUUUGAGCGGGGCCAGGUGCGUCGUCUGGAGAAGGAACAGAAGAAGGUCCUGGUGCAGCUGGAGGAGGAGCGGUUGCAGCACAAGCAGCUUUCCUCUGCCCUGGCCAAGGAGUGCAAGUGGGCCAGUCAGCGGGCCCUGGAGGAGGGCCACCGCCUGGCUGAGGCAGGCCGGAGGCUGGAGAAGGAGCAGGGGGAGAUCCUGGCCCUGAGGGCCGAGCUGCAGGAGGAGAGGAGGAGGGCCUUGCAGAUGGAGGCCAGGGUGGAGGAGCGGCUGGCUGAGUUCGACACGGAGAAGGAGCAGCUCCGCUCUCGGCUCAAGAGGGAGGAGGCCCAGUGCUGCCUGCUGCAGGAGCAGGUGGAGGCGCUGAGGAGAGAGCUGCAGGGAGAGAGGGGACCUGAGGAGGAGGAAGAGAGGAGAGACUCUCCUGUGGACACCAGUGGAGGGUCACCACUACUACGACCACCACCACACUCCAGCCAGGUAGAGGGGGGUAAGGAGCCUAAAGUCAACAGGCACGACUUCCUCAGGGAGGACGCCCUUCCAGACAGACUGGGCCUGGACAACUGGAGUGAGAACAGCAGCCCUGUCCUGCUAUCCCCUGCCCUCCUGAACCAGAGCCUGUCCCCCUGCAGCACAGGGGUCCUCCUCCCUCACCUCCUCCCCCUGCUCCUCUCCUCAGCUGGCCAAACGGCUGGCCCUGGCCACCAGCCCCAGCUACCAGUCCUCCUACCAGGCAGGCAUCAACCAGCGCUUCCACGCUGCUCGCCACAAGUUCCAGGGCCACACUGAAGCAGAGCAGCAACAGCAGGAUGGAAGACGGGGGUGGCAGCCUGCCCCAGUCACCCAGAGACCUGUCCCCAUCCCCUGAGCCCGUCCCCGUCUCUGUCCCCAGGCCAGCCAAGCAGCUGGCCCGCAGCACAGUCACCCAGGUCCUGUCCCGCUUCACAGUCCAGCAGGGGGCCAAACCUCCGCCACCUAACAACUCUCCCUUCGGCACUGACUACCGUAACCUGGCCCUGACCCCAUCCUCCCCUGUCAUCCCCAGGGCCUCUGGUGCUCUGCCCCUAGGGGUCCGCUCCCCCACCAUCCCCCGAGCAGACAGGGGCAACCCGCCCCCCAUUCCCCCUAAGAAGCCUGGCCUGGCCCAGUCUCCAGCGCCACCCGUCCAUGGUACCAGAGCCAGACACUUUCCUGAGCUGUCAGGAAGCUGUGGUCUCACCAGCAGCAAGGAGAAUGUUAAAGAGCUGGACAUGGUGGUUUCCUCCAUCAGCUAG